AGAAGAGAGCGUCAGUACAGUCAGCACAUUGUACUGAACUUCACACCAAACUCUGAUCGAUAAUAAACUGGCAUUAGUUUAGAAUAACGUUAAGAACGCCUCUUUUGUUCAUAAAGUGUUUUUUGAAGUAAUGGUCGACAAAAUAUUGUUGUGAAGAAUCUAUUAUAGAAGAUAUUCUUCUAUUAGGAUUUCGUAACGAAUUCCUAACACCAGAACAAUAGCGGCCACAUCUGUAAGGCUCACGAGUCCGGUGUCAUGUCCUUCUGUCGGCCAAACAUAUGUGCAAUCAGUACCAGUCGUCUCGACAAAUGGCUUUUCGUUCGGCCAUUAAAUGCUGCUAUAAUUCUGGUUUUAAUUUCGAUAAUUGAAAUAACAUUAAUCCAAUCUUCUCCUGAAGUCUUCACCAAUUCAUUCCUCGUCAGAUUAAAACGAGACGCAGACAAACAUAUUGCUCAUCAAAUCGCUAAACGAAAUGGUUUUAUUAAUUUAGGCGCCGUGUUGGGCUCCAGCAAUGAGUUUCAUUUUAUGCACAGAGCGUUACCUCACGCCCGAUCCAAACGCAGUUUAUCUCAUCACCGGAUACUCAAAUCUGACCCUUCGAUACAAUUUGCAACACAACAAAUAGGAUUUAGAAGAACUAAAAGAGGUUAUACUAAACUAAGGCUCGGACCCGAAGACCUGUCUCUCAAUAACGAACCAAAUGAUCCUUAUUUUCAAUUUCAAUGGUAUUUAAAAAAUGUUGGACAAAACGGAGGCAAAAAACGUCUGGAUCUUAACGUGGAAGCGGCAUGGGCUCAGGGAAUCACCGGCAAGAAUGUGACCACAGCUAUAAUGGAUGAUGGCGUUGAUUACAUGCAUCUCGAUAUUAGAGAGAAUUACAAUGCGAGGGCUAGUUAUGAUUUCAGUAGUAAUGAUCCCUAUCCUUAUCCAAGAUAUACAGACGAUUGGUUUAAUAGUCACGGCACCCGAUGUGCGGGUGAAGUGGCGGCCAAACGAGAUAAUGGCAUUUGUGGUGUUGGAGUGGCUUAUGAUUCCAAAGUGGCCGGAAUACGAAUGUUAGACCAGCCAUACAUGACUGAUCUCAUUGAAGCCAAUUCUAUGGGUCACGAACCGGAUCUCAUCGACAUAUACAGCGCCAGUUGGGGACCAACUGAUGACGGAAAGACAGUCGACGGACCCAGAAAUGCAACCAUGAGAGCCAUUGUGCGCGGUGUCAACGAGGGCCGAAGAGGUUUAGGAAACAUCUAUGUGUGGGCAUCGGGUGAUGGGGGAGAAGAUGAUGAUUGUAAUUGUGACGGUUAUGCGGCCUCAAUGUGGACCAUAUCUAUUAAUUCUGCGAUAAAUGACGGCCAGAAUGCCCACUACGACGAGUCCUGUUCCAGUACUUUGGCCUCAACUUUCAGUAACGGCGCCAAAGAUCCGCACACAGGAGUCGCUACAACUGAUUUGUACGGCAAGUGUACGAAAACACAUUCGGGCACUUCAGCGGCUGCACCCGAAGCCGCCGGUGUUUUUGCGCUCGCAUUAGAGGCUAAUCCAAACCUGACGUGGAGAGACGUACAGCACCUCUCAGUCCUCACAUCGAAACGAAACUCUCUUUACGACAGCAAAAGAAGAUUUAAUUGGAAUAUGAAUGGAGUGGGACUCGAGUUCAACCAUCUGUUCGGUUAUGGGGUUCUCGACGCCGGAGCGAUGGUAGCGUUGGCUAAGCUUUGGAAAUCAGUGCCGCCGAGGUUUCACUGCGAGGCCGGAUCUGUGAACAAAGUGCUGCCCAUCCCUACGAACCACAGUCUAUAUCUGGAUAUUAGCACAAAUGCGUGCACAGGAAGCGACACUGAAGUGAACUAUAACGAACAUGUUCAAUCUGUCAUCACUUUGAAUUCCACCAGAAGAGGAGACGUUACACUGUAUUUGAUUUCUCCAAUGGGAACCCGAUCAAUGAUUCUAAGCCGACGACCGAAUGAUGACGACCGACACGACGGCUUCACGAAAUGGCCAUUUAUGACAACCCAUACGUGGGGUGAGAAUCCGCGGGGCGUUUGGCGACUGGAGGUUCGCUUCGACAGUGAGAGCCCACAAAUGGGAUUCAUUAAAGAGUGGACUCUUAUGCUUCACGGAACCAAAGAGCAGCCCUACAAAGACCUACCCGUGUCUGACAGGAACUCCAAACUGGCGAUCGUUAAGAAAGCGCAUGAAGACAGGAAUAAACAUUAA